GUCAACAAGGUGCCCGUUUUCAUAGUUUAAGUCUUUUAGAUUGCUUUAGACAUUAAUUUGGAUAGAUUAUUGAAAUGUCUUCAUUCUUUAUCCUUUCGUUGUUAACAGAAUUUUGAAGAAAAGCGCACUGACAUAUCACUUUUAAGUACUUUGAAAAGAGAAUGAUCAGCAGAGGCAAAGCAGACGAUGCGCGCGACUGUCACCAGACGACACUUUUUGAGACUCGACAAUGAAUUUGGAUUCCAUCAGAAACAUGGAUAUAAAAAAGUUCUUACCCUGUAAAAAACUAAGAAGAUCAAACAGACUUGAAGGAAAAGAUAAAAUGUCACCAGAAAUUAAAAAAGACACCCUGUUAUCUUCACCAGAUGUUAAAGUUUGCAUGAAGUCUGCAGCACUUGGAUACUUUGAUUUGCUUCCUUUGGAACUUAAAUUUUAUAUAUUGAGAUAUAUGACAGUUGAGGAUAUAAGCCUCUUAGCAUUAGGAUCUAAAGCGAUGAGGAAUUUAGUAGAAGGUUUCAGAGUUUUGUCACCAAGUUUGUCCAACAAAGUAAUACAACAGCUGCAUGCAUCUAUUCAUCCACUGCCAACAGAAAAACUUGGUGAUUUUCUCAGGACUUUUAACAGACAGGGACUUCUGGUCAAAAGAACUACUUGUUUAUAUGCCACAAGAGAGAGACUGAAAAUAGUUAAUGAAUAUUUAACAAGGAUGAUGUGUGGAAAUGCUUGUAAAUGUGAAAAGAUGUCCCGCUGUAUAUCAUUGACAUGUUUUGGUAAAUUCCUACACACUGUUAUAGCUGGAUGGGAUGAUUCUGAAUGUGUUAGAACAUUUGACAUCCUUAACAGUCAUACUGCUGUCAACAAAAAUGUUAAAAUGAUUGUCAACUCAAAACCAGGUUUACAUAGCAGAUGUGAGUAUGAAAUCAGAUGUUACUUCAGGAGAAUAUUUUUAGACCACUGUCAGUCUAUAAAUGAAAGAGCUUUCUGGUUGACAAGAAUCUUGAAGCCCUGGCCAAUGGUUCACCAGUCUAGAUUAUUGUAUAUCCUGUAUGGCCCAACAUUAGAAGAGGAAAUUUUAUGGUAUGAGUUGUGUGAGAAUACACCCAUUGAUUCAGAACAGUCAGCCAAACAUUUUGGAGAGCUAGCUAAUGCCUUACAGAUCUUACAUUGUUACCCAAAAGAAUGGUCAGAAGACAAUAUAAUCAGUGUUCUUGAUGAACUCACAAGUUCACCUGAUGAGUGGCUUGCAGAGAAUGUUGCACACUUGCUGAUAUUGUGUGGUGAUGUCAUAACGUCAAAAAUGUUGAUUAGUAAAGCAAUUAAUGGUAGAAUAAUGGAACUGUCCAGCAUAACAACAUCUUUCUGUGUGGUAUGUGUGAAGAACAGUUUUAGUCUUUCAUAUGUUAUGACAAUGAUUCAAAAUAUCUUGGAUGCCAUGGACAAUGGCAAGAAGAGGUUACAGUUCUUCAACAGUGUGAUGGAUAUGUUCAGAGAACUCAUUUUAGACAUGCAUGAAUUUUCUGAUCCAGAAGAUACACAUGGUAAUGACAUGUACUAUAUGGUGACGGCCUUGGCAGAAUUUACAAAGAAAAUAAUUCAGCUAGCUUACAAAAAUUCCAUCACAUUGUGAUAAAGGAGGUCAAGAAACAAAAAUAGUGGGUAAAGAAUUGAAACAGUUUCUUUAACAAGCCAAGUUGUAGAAAGAUUUCUUUACAGGAAUUUAGAAGAGGUUUAGUCAUUGAAAUCGAUCUUGAACUGGAAACCAAGCAGUGUUAUUCAUUUUGAACUGAAAAUGGAAAUAUAUAGAGUGCUAAACAUACAACUAAGAGUAUUAGUGAAUAUUAUCUACUCUAAAGAGUUUGUGUAAAAAGAGGCAUGGGAAAUAGAAUGGCUUUUCCCUUAAUCAAAGACAACUGCCUUUUUUGUUUGCUGGAAAAAAGAAUAGACAAAAGUUAUUGAUGAAAUGUAGUGUGAUGCUGAAUAAGGAUUGGAAAGUAAAUGGUGAAAGGAAUGGUCCUUUAUGUUGGAUGUGUAAAAAUUUAAUAGUAUUAUAUGUUUGUUACUUUUGUUUUGGACAGAAGUUAAAGUACGGAAUGGAAAAAAAGCUUUUUGAACAUCAUGUCUUUUUAAUUGGGUUUAUUUACGGACAUUCUAAGUCAAAUGAGUGAUAUCUAGUCUGUAUUUUAAUUAAGUUGAUAUUUGUGUUCACACUGUUGAUAUUUUUAUUAAAUGUGAUAAUGUCAAAGAUAUCUGUGAUAAGACUUUGUAAAUAUAGAAUUGUUAAUGUUAAAAUAGGAUUGUUAAUGUUAAUAUAUAAUUGUUAAUGCUAACAUACCAGUAGUUGUUAUUGUUUUUAAUGAGCAGUUAUAUUAUAUUUAUGUUUAUUUCUUUAAUGAGCCGUCCCUGAUGACUUGAACAGGUACAUUUUCCCCUUUUAAACCAGCUCUAACUUCAAAA